AUGGAAAUGUCCAUCACCACAAAAACAGCCGCUUUCAACAUUAACUCCUCCUCCACCCCCCUCAAACCCCAAACUCCAUCCCAACCAGCCACAACCACAUCUUCUCCGCAUCCCUGCGUCUCCCCAUCCACACCCACCAAGAGCCACCCGCACCCCACCGCUGCACCCUGCAUCGAAACACCGCCACCAUGCAUCAAGCGCGGCCUCUUCCACGAGAACCAUGGAUGGCAUCCGCUCAAUGCCGACAUCAACAACAUCGACAUCCGCGACUACAUGAGAAAGUGGGUCGAGAAAGAACAGCGCAAGAAGAAGAAGAGAAAGGCUGUGGUUUCAAAUCCGGGCCCGGAUAUGGUCACGGUGAAGCGGUACGGUGCGUCGGGCAUCGUGUAUCAGACCACGGUAAAGAUCGGGUUUCAGACGAUCAAGAACUGCCCGUUUCCGGUGGGUAGACCGGCGUUGUUCGCCGAGUGCCCGAAGAUGAGUGAUGGCGGGUGUGUGGCUGUGAGGGAUAUCGUGCGUGAAGAGAAGGAGGAAGGGGCGAAGGAAGAAGGGGCGAAGAAACGUGUGGCGUGGAAGGAACUGGUGAAGAAGAGGUUGUUGGGGAUUGCGAAGGGGAGUGUCUGUUGGAGGAAGGGGAGCCCGGUCAAGAGGACCCCGAUCAAGAAGAGCCCGAAGAAGAAGAAGCCGCCGGUUAGGAAGUAG